AUGAAGUUUUUUGUGAGCGGUCAUUGCGGAAAAUCUGAAACUUGUUACUGUUACGAGAAAGUCAAAACGGAGAAAGAGAAUAUGACUCGUUCGUACAUGACAUACGCUGAUGUCGCAAACACAAGGAGAAGUGAUAUCAAAAGAGCCGACGAUGCCAAUAAACAUCUUCAGGAACUCAUUUUGCAGAAGCUAGAAGAUUUCGAUAAUGACAAGAAUCACGGAGGAACGGCGCUUCAAGUCUACCAGUAA